ACAAGUUCCCCCCGUAACGUUAGCGACCGACCGAUGCAGUUCCGAGCCGCGUUGCUGGCGCUCGCCUCCGUCGCCUUUGCGGCGCAGAGCGCGCAGGCCGCCCCCGUGGCGCUCACCGAGGCCACGUUCGACCACCAGACGAGCAGCGGCGUGUGGUUCAUCAAGUUCUACGCGCCCUGGUGCGGCCACUGCAAGAAGCUGGCGCCCACGAUCGACGAGCUGUCGGAGGCCGAGGGACUGGCGGAGAAGGACGUGCACGUGGCCAAGGUGGACUGCACCACCGAGAGGACCGUGUGCGAGCGCUUCAGCGUGGGCUCGUACCCCACGCUCAAGGUGGUGACGGGCGGCAAGUCGUACGACUACAACGGUCGCCGCGACGUGCCCGCCAUGGUGGCGUUCUCCACCGAGGGCUACAAGAAGGACUUUGGCGAGCGCGUGCUGUCGUACGCCGAGUUCGUGGAGCAGCGCAAGGCGGCGGCUGCUGAGCAGGCGGAGAACGAGCGCAAGAGCGCCGUGGUGCACCUUUCGACCGCUUCGUUCGAGGACGAGGUACUCAACAGCAAGGACCCGUGGCUCAUCAAGUUCUACGCGCCCUGGUGCGGACACUGCAAGCGUCUGGCUCCUACCUGGAACAAGCUGAGCCGCACGCUCAAGGAGAACGGCAGCAAGACGCGCGUCGCCAAGGUGGACUGCACGGUGCACCGCCGCGUGUGCUCGCGCUUCGGCGUCAACGGCUACCCGACGCUCGUCUUCGUCAACGAAGGCCAGGUGUACAGAUACAAGGGCGGACGCUCGCUCCCCGCGUUCCUCGACUUCGUGGAGAGCGGCUGGAAGAAGGCCGAGUCGACUGGCCCGAUCCCGGAGGAGGGCUUCUUCUCCAAGAUCGUGGACAUCACCAUCGAGUGGGCUACGGAGCACACCGUCCUGGCCGUCCUGGCAGGCAUCUUGGUGAUCGCCAUCGUCGUGGCCAUCUUGGUUGCUAUGCUGGACUACUGGCUCGGCGCGGACGACGUGGCGCAGUACAAGAAGGCUCUGGACGAGAAGGAGGCGGAGAAGAAGAAGGAGGGCGAGGACAAGGACGGCGAGGAGCUGCCGCCUCGCGUGCCGUCCGCCGCGGAGGCCAAGAAGACUGGCCAGAAGCCCAAGGACGAGUAACUCGGCUCCCUCGCUCGAGUGGCGCCUCUUUAGGUCUUGCUGCUGCUGCGCGCGUGUGUGGACGCGUGAAGCGCGGAUCGAUAGAGAGAAGAAGGAAGAAGACGCCGGCCGCUGACAGGCAGACAGACUAGCUGAUAGUUCGUUCGUUAGUUAAGGUUCCCAUCAAGGAUCGACAAUGAGCAUGUACAGCUGCUUCAUACGU